UACCCCGACGCGCACGUUAUUCUUAUAUGCUUCAACAUUGCUAGUCCCGAUUCUCUGGACAACGUCGUAGAGAAGUGGAUUCUUGAGAUCAACCACUUCUGUCGUGGACUCCCUAUCAUCCUGGUAGGUGUAAAAAAAGAUCUAAGAAGAGAUCCCAAAACCAUUAACGAACUACGGAGGACUAGGCAACAUCCAGUGACCGUUGAAGAAGGACAGGAAGUCGCCAAGAAAAUCGGAGCGAGGCACUAUGUUGAAUGCUCUAGCAAGACUGGACAGGGGGUCCGCGAAGUGUUUCAAAUUGCAACUCGCGAGGCAUUG